AUUGCACUGCCCAGUGUCAGCAAUGCUCAGGGGACCCUGCCGGAUGGCACCAGUAGAUUCACCUGCAAAGGGAAGCCCAUCCACCACUUCAUCGGCGUCAGCACCUUCUCCCAGUACACGGUGGUGGAUGAGAGUGCAGUGGCCAAAAUUGAUGCAGCCUCGCCCCUGGAGAAAGUCUGCCUCAUUGGCUGUGGAUUUUCAACUGGUUAUGGGUCUGCAGUCAAAGUUGCCAAGGUCACCCCAGGCUCUACCUGUGCUGUGUUUGGCCUGGGAGGGGUCGGCCUAUCUGUCGUUAUGGGCUGCAAAGCAGCCGGAGCAGCCAGGAUCAUUGCAGUGGACAUCAACAAGGACAAAUUUGCAAAGGCCAAAGAGUUGGGUGCCACUGAAUGCAUCGCCCCUCAAGACUACAAGAAACCCAUCCAGGAGGUGCUAAAGGAAAUGACUGAUGGAGGCGUGGAUUUUUCGUUUGAAGUCAUCGGUCGUCUUGACACCAUGAUGGCUUCCCUGUUAUGUUGUCAUGUGGCAUGUGGCACAAGUGUUGUCGUAGGGUUACCUCCUGAUUCCCAAAACCUCUCAGUGAACCCUAUGCUGCUACUGGCUGGACGCACCUGGAAAGGAGCUGUUUUUGGUGGCUAUAAAAGUAAAGAAGAUGUCCCCAGACUUGUGGCUGAUUUUAUGGCUAAGAAAUUUUCACUGGAUGCAUUAAUAACCAAUGUUUUACCUUUUGAAAAAAUAAAUGAAGGAUUUGACCUGCUUCGUUCUGGGAAAAGUAUCCGUACUGUCCUGAUGUUUUGAGAUAAUACAGAUGCCUUUCCUUGUAGCAGUCUUCAGCCUCCUCUAUCCUACACAAUCUGGAGCAACAGCUGAAAAACAUCAUUAAUUCUGCUCUUCAGAGAUGUAAUCAAUAAAUUACACAUGGGGGAUUUCCAAUGAAAUGAAAAUUGAUGGGAAAUUAUCUUUCAAGUAAAUGUUUACUAAAUGAAAUGUUGAACAUCAGCUGGGGAAUUGAAGCUAAUAAAUCUUCCUUCUUAACCAUUCUACCUGUGUCAUCUUUUCCAUUGAGAAAAACUAUUUCCUAUGACUUCUUGCAUUUUUGGUAUCUUCACAAUCCUCAGUCACUGAAUCCCAGUGGAGGCGACCUUUCAUUUACCCUGAACUUACCCAUGCUAGGCUCUUGCGCUUGAAGUCUCCUACCUCUAUCUCAAUUUUCACUGUCGGCAUUUUCCUUUUUUUUUUUUUUUUUUUAAAUAAAAUGUACCGAAGCCCUAUGGUAAAAGCUA